AUGGAGCAAGACGACCAAUCUCCGCAAGUCGACGGGACCCCGACGUCAAGAGCCAAAGCCCGUUCAGAUCAUCUAAUGAAACGCGUGUCACGAGCAUGUCUACAUUGUAGACAGCGCAAGUCGAAAUGCGACCUGGAUAGCAGUGGCAGCCCAGGAGUCCCGCCAUGUCAGCGGUGUAUCAGGGAUAACCGUGAAUGUGUCCUAGGCAGUUCCAAUCGAGGGGGGCGGCGAAUUCGCAAGAAUAAAAUAAAAAAUUUCACCCCGGACAGCAAUUCUUCUGUGCGAAGGGAUUCCGUCAUUGAGGCACCAAGUCCGUCCAAUUCAGAGACUCGUCAAACGGCGUCUAGCUCUUACCCUGGGCCUGUUGUCUUUCUACCACCUGAUCCGCCGACCGCAACUUCAAUAUCUGUUGACGAUGAAGACGAAGCUUCUAUCGGCGAUGUUCCCCGCAAUCCUUCUGAUGCCUGGCAGUGUCUAACGGGCAUUGCAAAGAGAGGUACAGAAGACCCGAGCUCCGAAACGGGCGUCGAACCCCUGCGCACAGGACCCGGUGGAUUCUCAUCAUACACGACGCUUCAAGACAGUUCAGUUACUGGGUUCCAGUCGAAUAGUGGCAUCAAAGCGUACAGGCUAGUGCAAUCACGGUCACUAGAUCCGGGAACGGUAUGGCAGCUAGUGAUUCGCUACGCUGAACACUUUCAUCCGUACCUUCCUUUGGUGCCACGAAAAUAUUUUGAUCGCAGCGCACUAGAUGCAUUUGCUAAUAACGAGAAGCAUCUGCUUACUGCCGUCCUUACAAUUGCUUCGAAGGAUCUAGCCGAACGGCCGGAGAUCCACGAGUACUGUUCUAAAUACAUGCAUGAGCUGAUAUCUGGAAUUGCUGCUGGAGCUGAUUGCGAUGUUGAGGCCGUGGAGGCUCUCCUUAUUCUGGCUGAAUGGGAACCCCAAGGCCUCCGACCGCGCAUCGAACGUGUGGGCCGUGGGGAAGAGGAUCGAGCUGCCUGGAUGCAUGUAGGGCUCGCCUUGCGAUCUGGUUGGUUCCUUGGCCUAGACAGGACAUCAUUUAGAGGCGAUUCUUCUGGGGACGCGGAGACUGAAGCUCGUAGGCGUCUAGCAUGGACGAGCUGCUACGUAUCGGACCGAUUGAUAUCUGUCCGUAUUGGACGCGCUUUCUGGUCUCGCGGACCGGGCCCAAUGACUGGCCUUGUCAGCCAAGACUUUCCGUCCUUGCAACCAGCUAGAGACGGUGACGAGGAUUAUGCGAAAAUAUUCCAGGCUACUCUGGAUCUUACACAGCUUUACGGAAAUGUUCACGAUGUGCUCUAUUCUGGCAUGCGUACGAGCAACCAAAUGAUGCUCAUGGGCGACUAUGUCAAGUACGUGGAUGAUUUUCGCCUUGCAAUCUUACGAUGGAAGUCCAUCUGGGGAUCCUUGUCCUGCUCACCGCCAAUGAAAGCCACGUUACAGCUGUCCUACGAAUACCUGAGGCUAUACACGAACGCCUUCGCCUUUCAGGCAGCAAUAUCUCAAUCGCUUGUGUCCAAGGUCAGGAAUGAUGACAAGGCUCAAAGAGAUCAUCUGCGAGCAACGUUCAACAAUGUAGCCUCGAUGCAGGAUGCUCGAUUCAUCUAUGAAUCGGUUGAUGCCGCAAAAACAUACCUGACCAUCCUCGUGGAUGUGGUUCACCCGGAGAAGCAUCUUCAUUUUAUGCCGUUGAGGUAUUACUUAUACGGGAUUUAUGCCGCCGUAUUCCUGUACAAGGCACGUUCAUUUGGUGUAAUGUCUCAUUUGGAGGAGCUGAAGGUGCGGGACCUCGUAACGCGGACCACCGAGGUGCUGAGGAGAGCAAGCGCUGGAUCUGAUGAUAUAGGAUCGCGUUACUCCCGACUCCUAGAGCUCCUCUGGAAACAGAAGCCGAUGGCAGCAACUUCACCAGCCGGUACACAUCAUAGUGGAGAUGUCUUGAUGCAGAGCAACAGCGCAUUAUCGCACCAUUUAUCCGAUCAAAGUAGCUACGUGCACUUCAGCCCCGCAAAUGAUUUUUCGUGGCUGGAUCUUGAAGCCGUUGGAGAUUAUGUCUCUGGAGAUCAAAUCUCAGGAGCCAACACACUUGCAUUGGAUACUUUCCAGAACCAGGACAUCUUCCAGGCGGGACAGGACCGAUCCCAGACAUGGCAGGUUCCAUGGUCUGGCGACAUGAGCAGUAGCCUGCUCUUCUGA